AUGUUGAUAUCCAGACCCGCGCCUCUGUCCAGGAUCUGCGCAUUCAACUUGACGGGGUACGGUCCGACACCAAUGAGUGCGGUGCUCAUCGAGCCGACGUUCACUCCAGUCUCGUACACCGUAACCCCGAGCGGACCGAAAACGAGCUUGAUUUGGCGUGUCAUUUUGGAGCCCACCGCGAGGGGUUUCCAAUUCAACAUUGCAUCAGGAUCGGACCGCAGUCUUCGACCAAAUCCUCAUAGAAAUCUCCGCCUCGAGUUCCGGGAUAUUUUCCAGAACCCACUGAACCUCAACGACGCGUCACACCACUCUGAUUCGUCCUCUGACGAUCUUCUGGUCCCAGUCCCUCAUCCCCUUUCGCACCAUUUCAACUUGGAUCCUGUAGAUCCAGAUUCGCCUACCCUUGCCCAUUUCAUAGUAACAACGUCGUCGUCAUCGUCAUCAUCAUCCCAGGCCUCCUUGUCCUCGUCCCAAUCGUCCUCGGCCUCAUCUUAUUUCCUCCUGCGCCCCGUGUCUCCAUCUCAUCCCAGAAUGGCGGCAAACAUUACUAUGCCACCCCGUGGUGCCCGUGGGGCUCCCAUUUUCGAUUCCAAGCAGCCCCGUGAGCUGCUUCGUUUCUUUUCGGACUUGGAGUAUCACUUUGGCGCCGCUGGUGUCACCAAUGACCAGGAAAAGAAGAAACAUGCCGUCCGUUACCUUCCAUUCGACGAUGCAGAAGUCUGGGAAUCUUUGGAAUCUUUUGCGGCUCCCAGCUCCUACGAUCAGUUCAAAGCCGCCGUCCUGAAACUCUACCCUGGCACUGAUGCUGACCGACGCUAUUCGCUUUCAGACAUGCAUGCUUUGAUUGGGGAGUACGCCAGUAUUGGCAUCCUUUCACGUGUGGAUUACAGCGAAUUCUAUCGUCGCUUUUUGGUCAUUACAAAGUUCCUGGUCGACAAAUCUCGCCUGUCAAAGGCUGAGCAGUCUCGUGCCUUUCGUCGCGCCAUUUCUGCCUCGUCUCUUUGGCCCCGUGUCCAUCAGCGUCUCCAAGUCAAGAAACCCGAUGUUCACCCAGAUGAUCCGUACGAUAUCACGGACAUGAAUGAAGCCAUGGAAUUCGUUCUAGCGGAUUCUUCCUUUGGCUCUGUAGCGCCGCCAACAACGUCUCCAUCCCCGUCUGUUCCUGUGAAACAGGAAUCUGAGCCGAAUAUUGCUCAGCUCAUCGAGUCUAUGAAUGGACUAAUGAAAGUCCUUGCCGCGCAGGCCGCUGUCACUGCCCAGGCAGUGGCUGCUCAACAGUCUAUUCGAACAGCUCCUUCGGCAAUGACUGUCAAUUCGACUCCUCGGGAUCUCACCUGCAGCUAUUGCAGUGAAAACGGACAUUUCAUCAUUCGAUGCCCUCACGUGGACGAAGAUAUUCAAGCUGGGAAGUGUAAGCGUAACACAGAGGGGCAGGUCGUCCUGCCCAGCGGCGCUUAUAUCCCACGACGGAUCAUGGGUGUCAAUCUACGGGCUCGAUUCGACGAAUAUCACCGCCAGAAUCCCGGCCAAAUGGGUGUUGCUCAAAAUCUGGUCGAGGUUGCGACUCAUUUCUUGUCCUCUAGCGUUGAGCCCCCUGCUGUUCCAGUGUUCACUUUAUCAGAAUCUGAACGAAUUCAAGCUCUCGAGCGCGAAAUCCUGGCAAUGCGCACUCGAUCCCAGGCACGUGCUGCACUGGAUCGGUCUGGAGACCGCGUCGAAGCUCCGGAACAAGCAGUCCGACCUGCGGCUCGAUCUACACCUGCCCCUGCUCGUAUGCCGGCCCCAGCUCCCACUCCCGCUCCUGUGACCCGUCCUCCGGCUGCUAUCCCCGCUACUGCACCUGAACAUCCCUACGCAAAAGCCAAAGAUGCUGCGUAUGCUCCUCCCCGUGACCAUAACGUUGGGGCUCGAGUUCCGGCCGUUCCCGCUAAGAAAACUGAUCCUGCGUACCGUUCUGUGGCUCCGAUUUAUGAUUCGAAACACGAGGACGUUGUCUUUGGCCGGAUUCUUGGAACUAAGGUCGAAAACUCGAUCGAAGAGAUCCUUUCGAUCUCUCCUGGUGUACGGGCCCGUAUAAGUAACGCCACUACCAGCCGCCGCGUUCCUCCGACCUCUGGUGCCGAUUCUAAAACCCCGGCGGUCUCAACCCACAUCUACGACGAUUUCUCGCAUAGAAACAUGUCCGACAGUGCGCCAAUCGAGCCUCUGGACGCCCAGGCAUCUAACAAUGCGCGAGACGCCGCAUUUCUCGAUUCAAUGCCUGCUGCGUUCCACUAA